CCAAAUCAAAACGCAACAUCGAUGGGUGGUCUAAUUCUCAUCACAAGGUGUUUCUCGUCCGCCUUCAUUCCCAGUAAGGUGGCGGGCCUCCCUUCACACCUCCCAAGUCAACUAACACUCCCAGCGGCGAUCUUGGUUCAGGGCAGAACGUUCCAUUCGUCUGCCAGCAGAGGAACGGCGAAGUUCAGCAGGCACGCUCACGCGGCAGGCAGACAAGCUACGCAGGUGUCUUAGCCAGCCAGCUCUUGUUAGUCAAGGACAUUCCUGCGUUGCACUUCCACGUCACCACCCCACCGCACACCACAACAAUUACCAACUCGACUGACAGCCGAGAAACCCUUUCGCAAUGUCUCGAUUCCCCCGGAGAACCACCCAGUUCCUUUCCUCACCAUGUUCCGCCCUUCUCAUCCUCCUGCUGCUGAUGUGCGGCAUUGUUCUCGCCCAGGACCCCGAAGCGACCUCUACAUCCGUCGAACUACCGGAAACCACCCCAGCACCUCCCGCUGGGCCACCGCUCCUCCCACCCGAAAAUAAGAUCCUCAUCGGAGCCACCCUGGAUAACGACGUUGACCACCCCGCCGACUUCAACAACCGAGUAGGCAGGCAAUUCUCGGCGUUUGCCUUUUCCAUGUAUGUCCCCUCGCGGACGGACAUCCCAAAAGGCCCAAACAACGUCGAGAGUCACCUGGACCUCAUCGAUGCCACCAAGACGGACGCCUACGUGCAAUUGAAUGUGUACCCACGGAAGGGUCUGGACGUCAAGAAUUUUACCGACACGGAUUGCCAGAAAAUCGUCAAUAUCUGCAAAGGUCUUAACAUGCGGGGGCGAGGGGUCUUCCUGGUAUUCGCACCUUCCAUGAAUGCGAAUCCUCUGUAUGGCGUCGCUUGGGGCCAGCAGCCAACGACGUUCAGUUCAGCGUGGAACAGAAUAUCUCAAUUCUUAGCGGGUGAAGAAAUGGCCAAUAAAACGGCGCUCGUAUGGGCACCAGAGGCUGGUUUGGGCUAUCCUUGGAAAGCAAAUGUCAACUCGACACGCGGCGCAGCCAUUCCUAAGAAUGUGGAUACAAACGGGGAUGGUCGCCUUGACGAGAACGAUGACCCGUACUCACCGUACUAUCCGCAGCAAGGGUUUGAGCCAGCCUGGGUCGGUCUGUCCGUCAGCUACAAAGGGAACGUGUAUCCGUGGGAUCGCAACGAGCUGCCCAACAAGACCUUCGUGUCUGAUGUCAUCCAGGGUGUCAAUACUCGUAGUAACGUCAACUUCUACAACACGUACGCCACGGCCGCGGGAAAAAACAUUCCUUUCAUGUUGCUGGCGACAGGAGCCAUGUACCUGCGCGACAACAAGAAUCAAUCCGUGCCCCCGACCGGCGGCCCGACCGAAUUAGCUGUCAAGCAGGCCUGGUGGCGACAAAUCUUUGACAGAAACUUCCGCGCCCAGUUCCCGCUUCUAAAGAUGAUCAAUUUCCGCGACGACCUGCAAAACCGCAAUGCCUCUAUGGAUUACCGCAUCACGGCCGCACCGGACGUCCUGGCCGCUUUCAAAACCGACCUCACCACCUUGCAGGAUACCCUCGUCUGGGCCAAUGCAAGCUCGCUCGUCACGUACAAUCCGGCGGACGCCAACGCCGCCCCCAGCACCCCUAGCGGUCCGGGCAACGACCCUAUCAACACACCGAAGCCUCCGCCACGAGGGGACGGCGGCGACGGUGGGGGUAAAGGCCACGGCUUAUACGGCCUCCUGUUUGGUCUCGUGCUCGCUCCCGUCACGAUUGUCGGGGCGUGGUACUCCUACGCACACAUCAAGCUGCGUCGGCGACGGGCCGCGGAGGAGGCGGCGGCGCUCGCGGCGUUGCGGGCUGGCGGCAUCCCCACCAUUACGGACGACGAUGCGCCGUCCGGCGGUGACGGCAUGGGAGGCGGCCAUCUGAAGGGGGGCAUCGACGCGGACGCAGAGUCCGUCGACGAUUCGGCCACCAUCGUCAACAUCAUGAUCGGGACUCUGCCGCGCGAAGGCGACGGAGACGACUACGAGGGUGAGGAGUCUCGCUCUCACCACCGCCGAGACAGCUAUGGUGGCAUGGAGGCCGAUGGGUAUGGGCAUGACGGCGACGGGUAUGAGGAUUCGAUCCGCUCGCUGCCGCUACACGAUGAGGAGAGCGGCGGGGAUUUCGAUCUGAGGAGGCAGAGCUUCCACCAUGAUCUGAGACAGUCGGACCGGGCGCACGGCAGCGAUUACAUCCGUUAGCCUUGUGGACGAUUUCGAUGACGCCUAUAUACCUGUGCCAACUACCGCUGUUGCUUCUUUCGCGCAUUGUCGUACGACUCCACUGCCUUCCGCCGCUAUUUCCUCUCCUACGCCGUACUAUCCACCUCCAUAGAUACUUGAGCUAUAGUUUUCCUUGUUCUUUCCCUAUAUUUGCGUACGCCGCGUACCCCUGUAUACAGUAUGCCGUAGCUUUACAUAACCCCUCUCGGCGUACUUGCGAACUUUUUGUCCCUCAUAUGAUUGUGUAGUUAGAUGCUCUUUUCAACUUGAUAAUCGUCAUCUUCGGCGGUUUGCCGUUCUGUAAUAUACUCUAAAGAAAACCAUCAGAGAAACAUCGUUUCCCAUGCACAUGACACUCUCUUCCCCUAUCGGUUUUCCGAAGUUUCAAGGUUGG